ACUGGAACUCAGCACGCACCACGCAGUUGUUUGUAAUAAGGGGUCAAAAUGUCAUUUUCUUCUCUAUUUGGUUUAUUAUUGACAAACCUCCUGUUAAUUCAAGGAUGUUGGGGCGAAGAAGAAACAAAGAAUGUUAGUUGUGCAAGCCUCCAAACUGGAAAUACUUACAAAUACUGUGUAGAUGAGAAGGAGAAACCUAAAUGCGUGGAGUGGGAAUCAGUGGAUUCCAAUAAUGAACUUUGCCAACACAAAAAGACUACACCAGCACCCAAUGUGAUUGAUGUCAACUACUCCUGUAUCACCCUCCCAGAGUGUGUGAACGUAAACCAUAUUGCCAUAAGUGGUUUGACUAAUCAGGAGCAUUGGACCAAUAUCAUUGUGUCUGGUGCAUCAGAUGAGCCAAAGAAGCCUUUGGAGAAAUCGCCUGAGUGGCAGAAUAAAACUACAGAUAAUGUGAAGCAGGAUGCCGACCAGAAAAACCAAGACCAUAACAACACUCACCCAUGGCUCAUCCCAGUUGUAAUUGCUGUUGCCAUUAUAAUUUUGAUGCUCGGUGUUGGUUGGAUAGUGUACAAAAAGCUGAAGAAGGGGUUUCCAAGCCAGACCAAUAAUGAUAUUGAGAUGAACAAUAUGGGAACAGACAGCACUAACGACCAUACUGAUGACCUGCCUCCUGAUGCUGAAACUCUGGUUCAACCUCAGACGAAUGGACAGGUGCUCUCUGACCGCGACCAAGGAGAGGAAGGCGUACUAGGAGUGGAGGAUGGAAAGCCGUCAGACAAUGACCAAGCAGACACUGAAUCCUGUCAGAAGACACAUGCUGAUUCCCCUCCACUGAAUGUACCCAAGGUUGUCAGGGAAUCACACCUGACCGAUGGGGCUCCAGGUCAGGGUGCUGGUGAGACUUCACCCCUCCUCUGCAGAAGCCCAGGAGAGGAAGCUGUGCUAGAAGGGGAGGACAGGAAGCCAGCAGACAGUGGGGGAACAGACCCUGAAUCCUGUCAGAAGACACAUGCUGAACCCCCUGACAUCAGGGUUAAUGACAAGACUAAGGAACCGACUCCUAAUGCACAGAGUCCAGGACCUCCUCAGAUGAAUGGACGACCUCCCAUGUCUAACAGAGUAGCAGAGGAGACCACUGCUCUAUUGGACAAACAGGCCUUGGACAAGGACAAAGUCAGAAAACCUGAGUUAAUAGACAAAGGACAUAAUGACAUAGAGUCAAGAAGAGGAGAACUGUAACAAGCGGUGGACGUUUGUAUAACAAAAGAGAACCUAAUAAGAUAUGAUAAAAUACAGUAAUAUAUGAUAUACAGUACAUAUUAUAAGAUACACAUAUGUGACUAGCUUCAUCAUAAUCAGUCAUAUCAACCCCAAGACACAUUCUGAACAGUGUGCUUUACUGAACAGUGAUUUUUAGAAACCUCAACAGUUUGUUAAGUUAAUUCUCUAUGCGACAGCUGUAAUCUGGAUAGGUUAGGAAACGUGUUCUAGUGAAAUCAGUUGAAAUUCAAAAACUGCCCAAUACUUUUAGAUAACUGAAAUGACAAAAUUACUAUUAUCUAAAUUAUUAUUAUCCUACAUUUUGUAUAACUAUUAUCUGAAAAUGAGUGUGACUGAUGACUGAUUAUGAUACAGCAUGUCACAUAUUAGCUAUACAACAUUAUAAUGAUAUGAAAGUAUGGUAAGAUCAUACUUACACUAGUAUUGUAUGCUAUACAUACAAGCUAAUAUAUAUCACAUACACAGUAGAAGAUGCAUAAAACGUAAACCUCUUUAGUUUAGACAUUUCCAAGGACAUGAGGUCUCAAUGUCUUGUGGACAUGUCAAAUACAGCUAAACAUUGACCCAGCGUUAUUUACACUGUAUAUACAAAAGUAUGAGGACACCCCUUCAAAUU